AGAAUGUUCAGUCGCUGAGAAAUCAUGGGCGAAGGCACGGCUCGCGGCCAUUUUGUUUAACUAAAUUUACGAUACGGUAUCAAAAUGUUCAUUGAAAUAUUAGCAGUGAUAGUGGUCGUCGCAUUAGUCUGUGACCAUGUGUACAGAAAGAGGCUGUAUAAGUCCGUGUGGUCUAUCCCUGCCGCUGACUACAGAGAAUACCCGCUGUUGGGGCAGACACAUGUGUUUAUUGGAAAUGCUGAAGAUCGGAUGACAAGCUUCAAGGACCUGUCUAAACAGAGCAUGGAGGCAGGGGGAGUCAACAGAUUUUCGUUUGGAAGACGAGUAUUUCUGAUUGUAACGGAUCCGGAAGUGAUCGAGCUGAUCCUCAAGACGUGUAUGGAAAAGGAUGAAAUAAUGAACUUCAUACACGACGUAUCAAGAACUGGAUCUAUUUUUGCACCAGUGUCAAUCUGGCGUCCGCGGCGGCGCAUGAUCGCUCCAGCGUUCAGCUCGAAGGUGCUGAAGCAGUUCGUGCCGGUGUUCGCGGAGCAGGGCGAGGUGCUGGCGGCGCGGCUCGGCGAGGCCGCCGUGGGAGCCCCCGCGCCCAUGUGGGACCAUGUGGCCGGGUAUACCAUGGAUUCUAUUUGUCAAACGAACCUCGGCAUAAACAUGAACGAGCUCGACGGGCAACAACUAGCCAAGCAGUCUCUGGUUCGAGCCUUCGAGUCCAUCUUCCGUCAGCUGGCGUACCGCGUGUGCCAGCCCUGGAUGCAGAUCCAGGCGGUCUACCGUCUACUGCCGCACUAUAGGACGCUGAAGAGCGCUACGGCCGUUGUGGAUGAGUUUGUUUAUAAGAUAAUUAAGGAGAAAAGGGACGAGAUCGCGAAAGACGAAAUCAAAAUCGCUGAAUCAGAUCAGGAAUGUAAGUUCAAUGCACAUAGCACAACACUUUUCUUAACAGCAGUCCUCAACAACAACCGCGCAUCUCCACCGCCCAACACCCAAAAGUCCCGCUCUUUCCUCGACAUCCUGAUGGCUCUGCGAGACCCGACAGGGCAGGGCACUGACGGGCUGACUGACGACGAGAUCCGGGACGAAUGCGUGGUGAUCGCACUGGCCGGGACCGACACGUCGGCCGUGGCCGCUUGUUACGUGCUGAGCAUGCUGGCCCGGCAUCCUGAUGUCCAGGAGAAGGUGCUGAGCGAACUAGACGCUGUCCUCGGCCCCUCCCCCCGCCCCGUAGACCACAACGACCUGGCGGCGCUUCGCUACCUGGAGGCCGUGCUGCGGGAGACGCUGCGGCUGUACCCGCCCGUGCCCGUUAUAGUGAGGAGGGUGGAUAAGGAGCUCACGCUGAAGUCAGGAGAGACAUUAGUCCCUGGCAUGGGAGUCCUCAUCUGCAUCUGGGGGGUGCACCACAACCCCCGCUACUGGGGCGAUGACGUGGAGGAGUUCCGUCCAGAGCGGUUCGACCAGCCUCUGACGCAUCCCGUGCAGUACAUACCCUUCAGCCAGGGGCCGAGGAAUUGUCUAGGCUUCCAAUACGCAAUGAUGUCAAUCAAGACAGCGCUAGCGACCGUCCUACAACAAUACAGGGUGGUCCCACAUUUGACCCACUCCCCGAGCCCCAACUCUGACCCCAGCCUCACCGACCGACGACCAAUGCGGGUCAAGUUUGAUAUCAUGAUGAAAGAUAUGGACGACUUUACCGUGCAGCUGGAAAGGAGGCAGAAAUAGCUUAAAACUGGCCACAAGGCCGACUACGUAAUUAAGCUACAGAAAGGCAAGCCAGUUUAGAGAAGUAGUGUCGCCAAAACUGGUCGAAUUGAUGUGAUAUGCCAAAAUGAUCAACCUGUAUUUUAGAGUUAUUUUUAAUGCCCGUCCUAAGUUACAUUU